UCGUUUGGUUCCCACUUAUCAGCGCAAAACCGGCUUCACAACAAAACUGUGUACUCAUCGUUCGUACGACCACGAGGCUCCGCUCAGUCGAGUCGCGUACAUCGUCCACACCGGUUUAGCAGUCAAAACAGUGUGCCAACAACAACAAAUGCAUCAAUCAAAAUGCUACUGCGGUCCAGGCUACGCUACGCCGCUGGAUGCUGUUCGGAAUGGACCACGGGAGAAGUUACUUUACGUGGUAACAGUUCAACCCAAUUUGGAUGAGCCUCACGGUGAUUACCUUUCGACGGUCGACGUAGAUCCUGACAGCCCCACCUACUGUCAAAUCAUCCAUAGAACUUUCACAAACAGCACCGGAAACGAGAUGCAUCACAGUGGAUGGAAUACCUGCUCCAGCUGUUACUUCAUCGAUGAUAAGAUAAAAGCACCGAAGCGAGAUCGGCUGGUGUUGCCGUGCGUGAACUCUGACCGCAUAUUCGUGGUGGAUGUGGGAACUGAUCCCAGAGCACCGUCGAUGUUCAAGGUCAUUGAAGGUGACGUAUUGAAGAAAGCAAACACCACCGCACCGCACACGACCCACUGUCUGCCAAAUGGCAACAUUAUGAUAUCGGUCAUGGGCGAUGCCGAAGGGAACGCCAAAGGAGAGUUUGUUGAAUUUGAUAAGAAUUUUGACUUCGUCGGUACUUGGACCAAGGGAGAUAAGACCGCUCUGUGUGGGUACGAUUACUGGUAUCAGCCAUAUUUCAAUGUGAUGGUCGCCUCCGAGUGGGGUGCCCCCAAGCUAUUUCGGCGGGGAUUUCAGGACUCUGACCUUGACGAUCCGGAGCAGUACGGCCGCCGGUUGAAUUUCUACAAGUGGAAUGAACGAGAAUUGUUCCAAACGAUCGAUAUGGGGCAAGAUGGCAUUUGUCCCUUGGAAAUUAGAUUUUUGCAUAACCCUAAAGAGAAUCAAGGUUACGUUGGAUGUGCUUUAUAUUCGACCGUGUAUAGAUUUUUCAAAGACGAAAAUUCUGACUUUUACAAGACCGAGAAAGUUAUCGAUGUGCCGGCUAAAAAGGUCAAAGGAUGGUCCUCGGAGAACAUCAAUGGCAUGAUGACCGAUAUUUUGAUAUCGCUGGAUGAUAGAUUCAUUUACUUCAGCAACUGGUUGCAUGGCGAUGUUCGUCAGUAUGAUAUUACUGACCGUUCGAACCCAAAGCUGACAGGGCAAGUUUGGCUGGGAGGUGCCAUUUUGAGUGAUUCGAAUGUAAAAGUUUUGGAAGACAAAGAACUCAUCAAGCAGCCAGAUCCAGCGUUUAUCAAAAAUCGACGCCUCCAGGGAGGCCCACAAAUGUUGCAACUUUCGUUGGAUGGCAAGCGCCUCUACGUGUCGUCCAGCUUGUUCUCCCCCUGGGAUAAGCAAUUCUACCCAGAGAUGGUCAAAGCCGGGGGAACAAUCGUCCAAAUUGAUAUCGACACGGUUAAGGGAGGCAUGAAGAUCAACGAAAACUUUUUGGUCGAUUUCGCAGAAGAACCGUAUGGUCCAUCGCUGCCGCACGAAAUGAGAUACCCGGGCGGCGAUUGCACUUCGGAUAUUUGGAUUGUGAACGAAUGAAAUUGCUUGAGCUACAGUUACUGCAAUCGGAGCAAUAGAAACAAAAGUAUGAACUAGUGGAACUGGCUAUUUUCCUACAGACGAAUAAAUUCUCAGUUACCGUUAACACUGAAACUAAUAAAACACAUCUACAGAGAUGAACUCAUGAAAUAUA